AUGGCAUCCUACUCGAACAAUAACAUCGUCGCCGCCAGGCCACCUGUUCCUCUCCCACGCGGUGGGCCACCCACCAGGGCCAGCCGUGUCGUAAACCGCCUGACUCUGUCCGCCGUCAUGCUUUUCAUCCUUUGCAGCACCGUCGGCCUUGUCACCUGGCUCUGCCUCGGCCCUCGCCUCCCCGCUUUCCGCGUCCGGUCUUUCUCCAUCUCGGGCUUCAACCUCUCCGCCGCACAGAUCGCCGGCAAAUACCAUCUCGAACUCAGCAUAACGAACCCGAACCCGAAGAUAGACCUAUCGUUCGACCAUUUCAGCCCGUCCGUGGUGUACAGGGGCGUGUCCCUGUCGAAGAAUGUCACUGGCCUGUCCCCGCAAUUGCAGAUCCUCGGGAACCAGGACUCCAAGCUCGAGCUCGAGAUGAACACCGGCCGGCUGAAGGAUAAGGCGAGGAAGAGGAUCAUCGGGAACUUAAUUGGGGAAUGGAGUAAAGGCGUCGUCCACCUUGGACGUGAAAAUGACAGUGCGGGCGAAUUUCAGGGCCGUGCGUUGGCUGACCAAGCAGAAAGUGCUCACUGUUGCAUGUAA